AAUCGGUCCCAGGUCCACAGCUUUAUUGGUUCUUCUGAAACCAACGAUAUCCGCAGGCGCACCUCGCGGACCACAACCUAACCUAACCUAGUUUCUUUAAUUCUAAGGCCAAUGAGAUUGUUAGGGUACUACACAUGGCAGGAGAAGCUUACUUUGCUUGAGUAACAUCGUCGAAUCAUGUCGUUUCUUCAAUUCGAAGAGUUUAUUCGGAUUGGUCGUACGAGUGCAGUUUUGUACCCAUUUUCCACGAGGGGAGAGAACAUUAUCCAGGAGAAAUGAGCGAUGGCAUGAUUGUACUCGAACAGGACUUUCUCUUCGUCCAGUUGAAUUGGGCAUCACUACAGAUUCGAUUCGUGAUUGGUACAACGUGAGUGAGGAAGUCGUGAUUGCGCCGGUUUAGGAACACCUGAGUGGAAAACUUAUUUCAUUUUAAUGAACCUAUAAACGCCAUUCCAUUUCCAAUCGAAAAAAUCUUUUAAUCUUCCACUUUAGAGGGUCGGGUGGAUAUUAUUCAUCACGGGACGAGAGAGAGAGUUGCCAGCACUUGAAGAUUGUCUUGUAAGUAAUCUUCAGUUUCCCUACAGUCAGUGGCGUUGUUCUUUUUUCUUCUUUCCUAACGAUUUCCAAGGAUGGAGUUUGUCAGGGGCCUCUGGAACCGCGCGACAAACCGCGCGACAAAGUUCUUCAACGAACGUUGGAACACGGUUUCCUUGCCUGUGGAGGGGCCUGUGAAGUCGUCCCUACCAAAGCAGAGGACAAACACGUACGAGGUCCCUCCCGCGUUGCAGGACUGCAGCGCGGCAUUGGAUGAGUUACGCUUAGACAUCAGGCAUCUACUUGCGUGCGCGACUGGACUACCUGAACAAGCUGCGGAUGCGUCUGGCGGCUUCGACACUGCAGCAUGCAUUAGUGACGAACAGUUAAAGAAGAGAGGACUAAAAGAUAAUCACCAGAAGGACGCGUUCAAGAAGAAGCUACAGGAGGUGCGCGGCCUUUUCAAACAGUGGCAGAAGACGUUCACAGCUAUGCUCGUUAGUCAACCCGAACUUGGAAACUUCUGGAGGAGAGAUGUAGAGGAGUAUUGGCCGCUUCGUCUCGAUGAUAACGAACUUGCUAUUGGACUCCACUAUCAAUACUUCCACCACCAAACUCGCGAUACUCUGGCACGCGACUUCAAUACAAAACUUCGUGAACUACUUCUUCCAGAUGAAGAGCACUCCACGACAACUGUCAAGAAAUCGGAGGCGCAAUGUGAAGUGCAGGCAUCAGGCGGAAAGAUGCAGAGUACUUCGCUUUCGGUAGAAGACAUCUUCUUCUACAUCAGCAACCCCUCUGCAUUCCUAGUAGGUCCAGAAUCUGUUACUUACGACCGGGUUACAAGAGUGAUGACUGCACCGGUGGAAUUCGUUUUACGCUUCCGCUUCACAUUUUUGACGAAUAUUAGCGAGCAGAACAGCUUAAGUUCGCGACUGAGUGAUCGUGUAGAAGGAGUAGACGGCACGGAGGAGGGCAUCCACCUCUCCUUCACGCACAGGGUUGACAACGCCGAGUUUGCGGUAGCGAAAGACCCGUAUGGGAGGGUACAGCACCGAAAGAGGCAUCUCUGGAGACUGCUUCGCGACAAGGAGGACAGAAACCGAAGAGUCAUCGACAAGGACUUCGUAACCAAUCCUCGCUUGCCUAGUCCGGGCGUCCACCUUACACCCGAAAACUACGAGCGCACUUCUCUUUACAACAUUCCGGUGAGCGAUGAUGAAAUUAAGCGCUUCGAAGAGAAAUUGCAGCAACUGGCCGCACAGCAACCGGCCGAGGAGGGGAACAACGAUAACCGAGUGGCGUCGUCUGCCUUGGAGAGUCGUGCGCUGGAGAUGCCGGCUCCUUUGCAGACACGCAACCUGAAUGGUCUAGCGUCUGCGAAGAACAAUCUACGCGGUUCAGGUAGUUCUGAUACUCAUACUCACUUCGUGCGAUUCUCCUAUUUCUAAGUAUUUAAAUUUAUGUUUUUUUAGAUACUGAGUGACUCAGAUUCUGAUUUUAUUUUUAGGCCAUUUUCUUAUGAAGAAUGUAAACGUAUCUACGUAGAAGGGGAAGGCAACAGUUGACAUCACGUGAAAGUAUUGUCUUCUAGUCUAAACGUGAUGACAUCUACUUCCAACCCACCUACCACUACUAGGACGAAGCCUCGCAGUCAACGAUAUGAACGCUAUUAACGAUGAGGAAAAUAUGAACGGUGACGGAAGCGCGAUGGUUUUUCUUGGCAUGGCUGGUGCAGGAGUCGUUUUAUUGUUGCUUUAUUUCUUCUUUCGGCGUCGUGCGGGUGCGCGUGGCUCGUCUAAAAAGACGAUGGUCCUCUCGCUUAGUAGCGACGCUGAGGAACAAGAACAAGAUGUCACCAAUGUUGGGACCUAUGACAGUGUCGCUCUCGACGGAGAUGCUCUCGAUGCGAGUAUGUUUCACGAGGCGAACGAGGGCCAAAAUACAUCGUACCACUUUUUUAUAGGAUCGAUUUUGAAGAUUUUCAUUUCUAAUAUUGAGCAUGUCCGUUGCUCUGAACCUUCUUUCAAGUUCGAUUUUGCCAUAGCUAGAAGAUUAAGUUCCAACCAAAUUUUUCGUCGAAGUAAAUUAUAUCAAGAAAAUAUCGUCUACUUCUACUUCCACUACAAACUCCAACCGCAGCACGAUUUCUACGCUCGGUCGACGCAUGUGCCUCAAAAAUGGUGUCUGGUUCAAGAUGGACGACUCUGCCACCACGUCGGACGUCAAACAGGCAAACAAUCAAUCAAGCGGAUUUCCCUUGCUUGUCGCGCGCGGAGGCGACGUUGCCACGAUGUCUUCGUACCACACUUUUUAUGUUGUUCCUUUUAUCUACAUCUACUUUUUCCUACUCUUUGUAAUUCGUCUCUUUGUAUGAAGAUUUAGGAGAAGAUACAUAGUAAGAGCCUUCGUGUGGCUUCAUCUUCGAAAUACGAUAUUUUCACGAGGAUUAUGCCCAUGAGACAAGUACGAAGCAAAGUGUCGUAUUGAUAUACGUAGUGGCCGGACAACACGGCAUGGCCGUAGAGCCGCGGACCUUCAACCUUGAACCUUGAGCCAAAUAUUAAGGCAAUAAGCUCACUAUUGAGGCUGCCUCACCGGUUAACGCCAUAAUCAGGUCCUCGCUCACCAAACCGAACUUCCUGGCGCACGAGAAUGAUGCACAUGAGAAGGAUGCACAUGAGAAGGAUGCACAUGAGAAGGAUGUACGUGAGAAGGAUGCACAUGAGAAGGAUGUACGUGAGAAGGAUGCACCUGAGAAGGAUGCAUAUGAGAAGGAUGCACAUGAGAAGGGUGCACAUCAUGCGAACCAUGUGGCUGAGAACGAUAUUGUGGCUGCUAACGAUGUGGCGGAGUACAUGACGUUUUUCGAUACGGAGAGCGCGUUUCUCAAGCCGCCAGUGGGGAGCUCUUCGUACUUUCUGUUCUGGAAAUAUCCUGUAUCAAAAUUGUUGGCGUGACUACAUGUCCUGUAGAGAUCUAUUUCUUCCUCGAAUUCGACCUCUUCUCUUUGAGUGAAUGAAUCAACUGCAACUUGGAAAAAUACUGAUACAAGAAACGCGAUGAGUCCGACUGUAACUGAUAAAACGUUCUUCAGCACGAUGAUGAAUUACGGGCAACGUGCGCCGCAUGAAGAUACCACUUUCAAGUUGGCCGCCUCUACUACCACGACACCCACCUCCCACGUCAACGCAGCAGAGGCCUCGUACUAAUUUUCAUGCUGUCCCACUACUAAUUUGCCAUACCGUACUAAGAAAGCUGUACUAUAGCACCCAAAAUCAUCUUGCAAACAAAUUCGAAUUGAGUAUACUGAACAACCAGCUCAAUGCUGCAAACACGACUUCCUCACCCCUUCACUCAGCGUCGAGUCAGCAUUCAUGACUUUCGAGCCUACGAAAAGCAGCAGAGUUGGCUUCAAUAAAACGAACGGAAUUAUCGCUCGGUAUUUUUUAGCAUCCUCUCCUUAAUUUGCUCGUUACGGUAACUUGCACGAGCAAUAUCUAUGCUCAGUCAUCCCCAUUCUUUAUUUCGAUACUUGAGAGAGUGAGUACAGGGAGAAAGAUGGUUACGAAAAUCUAAAUCGCUUAUUUGUUGAGAUAAGUUUAAAAAAAAGAGAAAGAUGUACAUCAAUGAAAACCGAAAAUCCCCGUCAGCUCGGCGCCAGAUGAAGUCGCUGCUGUGGAGGUCGCAGAUGCAGGCAAGUGCUUGCCCUUGCUGGUCGCCGCAGUGAAGAAGAACGACUACGGGUCGACAGAGCAGUAA